AUGAAGGAUCUGAAGAAUUCCUUCGUGGUCUUGGCGGCCCUGGCACUUCCAGCCUUAGGGCUGAACCUGAAGAGAAGCGAAAAUCCAACUGCUGUGGGCUUCGACAUCCAGCGAAAGCAUGUCGCAAAUCCAGUUGCCAGAGAUCAAGCGAGACGAAAGCGCUCUUCGACUGUGACCCAAACUUUAGAUAAUGAGGAAACACUCUACUUCUGCAACGUCUCACUGGGUACCCCCGAGCAAUCAUUGCGCCUGGUACUCGACACUGGUAGCAGUGACUUGUGGGUGAAUACCCCCAAUUCUACUCUUUGCGAGUCGAAGAGUAGCGAUUGUAGCAUCUCCGGAACAUACGAUGGCAGCGAUUCAUCUACCUACGCUUUUGUCAACUCCGAUUUCAAUAUCACAUAUGCCGACUCCUCCGGUGCCGCGGGCGACUAUGUCACAGAUACCCUUCAUAUUGGCGAUGCAACAAUCAAGAAAUUUCAGUUUGGAGUUGGCUUUUCAUCGUCGUCGUCCGAGGGUGUUCUCGGUAUUGGUUAUCCAUUGAACGAAGCGCAAGUUGACAUUAACGGCGAUAACACCUACGCUAAUCUGCCGAAGGCCAUGAAGAACAACGGCCUCAUCAAGUCUACUGCCUACAGCUUGUGGUUGAACGAUCUGGAUGCGAACACCGGCUCCAUCCUCUUUGGUGGAGUCAACUCCGACAAGUACCAUGGCACCCUUGAGACCAUUCCCAUUCAGGAAUCUGAUGGAUACUACACUCAAUUCGUCAUCGCUCUCACCGGUGUGAAGCUCUCCAACUCAUCGGGAACCACUACAUUCUCGUCUAGCAAUCUCCCCACCGCUGUCCUUCUCGAUUCCGGAAGUUCCCUUACUUACCUCCCGGACUCGAUCGUAGAAAGCAUCUACAAUGACCUGAGUGUUACCUACGAGUCUUCAUCGGGUAUAGGCUACGUUCCCUGCAGCAUGGCAAACGAGAAUAUCAACAUCUCCUACACCUUUUCAUCCCCAGUGAUCAACGUCGGCAUCUCCGAGCUGGUCCUGGAUACAGGUGAUCUCUACUUCACGAACAAGGAAAAGGCAUGUGUCUUCGGUAUCGUGCCUGCAGGAAGCAGCACCUCCGUUCUCGGUGACACUUUCUUGCGUAGUGCAUACGUUGUGUACGACCUGACCAACAAUGAGAUUUCACUCGCCAACACCAACUUCAACUCCACCUCCAACAACAUCCAGGAGAUCACGGCUGAUUCCGUGCCUGAUGCUACUACUGUUACCAAUGCCGUUACCACUGCUUCCUCCGGCGGCUCUGGUGCUCGCAUUGGCGGUCCCAGCGGCGGUAGCAACACCGAUAUCUUCACCACGACCACUGCGACCAAGGGCGCUGCCAUGCACCACCCUGUUCCCACAGCUAUGGCUCUGGGUCUGGUUGGUGCUGGCAUGUGGUUUUCGUUGUGA